UUUGUUAAUGCUUUGAUAAGUUGUUAGUGUUUCGACCUGUGAUGUUUGUUAUUGAGAAUUCAUUGCAUGAGAAUUCAUUGACUGUAAAUUUGUGAUCUACAGUUCUUAAUAUGUUACUCACUACAAACAAAUAAAUUCUUGUUUAAAUGAAAUGAUUUUAUUUGCAGUAUUAAAGUAUUGAUCUUCAAGAUCUACAAACGUCAAGAAUUUAUUUGAGGUUAUAAAACCUACAAGUUGCAUGAAAAUGGAAUUAAAGGUACUGCAGUGUGAGGAACAAACAAUAAAUUGCUUUUGCAAUACGUUGAAAAAUGAAGGCCGUGGGAAUAUAACUUCAAUUGAAGAAUCACGAGAAAGAAGAAAAGAAACAAUCAUUGUGGGAAAAAUUAUGAAAGUUGUUCCGUCAUCUACUGAAACCAUAAACAUAACAAUAAUUUUAAGAGAAGUAUUACCAAACUGUGAAUAUGGACAGAAAUUUAAAGCAGUAGUCCACAAAGAACUUGCUUUGGCACUGAUAAAGUUUUCUCCAGAAAUUGGUGACCGACUGGCAUUUUAUGAACCAGUGAUUUUUAGCAAUCCAUCUUUUGUUGAUGAUGACAAUAUAUCCGCUAAGAACCCAUCAAAAUAUGUGGUGGAGAUUGGUGGUGAAAAUAAUUGUAUGAUGUGGGCUGCCAAAAAGCAAGGGGUCAGAAAAUCUGGACAGGAAAAUACUUUAAACUGUUCUACAAGUGCUGAGGAAAAUCUUGUGCCCUCUAUUGAAAACAUAUCCCCAGCAAACGGUUUCGACAAGCCUGCAUGUGAUAGCAAUCAACCUGGAGUGAUCAAUCAUUCUAGAAAUACUGCUGGAGGGAAGGACAAUCCGCCAAGUACAAGUCUGAACUCGAAGCUGUCCCCUAUACAGAGGAGACCACACAACACACAGUCUAACACUUGCUACAAGUACAAGAGUCUGGCUGACAUCAAGUCAUCGGCCCUGUCUGGAGAUUUAGAGCGGGUGAACUUAUUUGCUGUUGUUCACCAAAUACCUAAGGAGCUAACUAAAACAUCCUCUGGAAAGUUCACCAAAAUAUGUAAGAUAAUUGAUGAGAGUCUGGGGAACAGGAACUUUAAUCUCCAUUUCUUUGUACCUGAUGAUGUACUUAUCAAACAGAUUGAGAUAGGAGACAUUUUAAGGCUUCACAGAGUCAAGAUGGAGCUGUUCAAUGAUGAUGUGGAUGGAAGAAUAUUUAGCAAUAACGACAUUGUUUUAUUGAAGGGAAAGGCCAUAGAUUGUCCUGUACACUGCACUAAAAAUUUACAGUUCCCAGAAGCAGAACAGAAGAAGGCUUCAACCUUGAUGACGUGGUACAAGGAGAAGUUCUUGGUUUCACAGGAGAAUGAGGUCACUUUGCUUGCUGACAUCACUGAAGAGGGAAAAUAUCAAGUCUAUUGUCAGGUAGUCUCAAAACCAGUUGUGGACAGUAAAAAAGUGAUAUUACGGGUGACUGAUGGCUCAGUGUUGACUGGGUUAAAUUGCUGCCCAUCCUCUUCAGGGGCUGUCUCACCUCCAAGCCACACAGUCACUGAAAUCCAUGUCUUUAGGCAAAAUGAUGCCUAUGCUUUGCUGAAGGCUGGAACGUUUGUCUUGUUACCAGAAGUAAAGGCAACCAGGUUUGAUGCUCUGAGACUUUUGAUUAACACUCCUACAUUUAAGGUAUUGGAUGAUCAAAAUGAAAAAGUUGCUGAAAUCAAAAGGAGAAUAUCUGCGUUGGAGAAGAAAACAGAAAACCCUGAUGAUAGAGUGCACAACGCAGAGGUCACCAAAAGUCCUGUGAAGGUAAAACACAACAAUAAAGCUGUAAACAACAACUCUCCUGACAAUGAAACGGAUCAGUCUUAUGUCACUAGAAGUAAACAAAUAAAUGGUAUCAAAGAAAAACAAUUAAAAUUUUCCUCUUGUGUCAGUAAAUCCUGCAUUAACCGUAGAGAAAUUGAUUCAAAAAAGGGGAAAGACAGCACAGAAAUCGAGAACAUCACAGUGACUACAGUUGCAAAACGAAGAACUUUAUUUAAUCCAAACUGUGUAUAUUUAAGUGAUGCAACCUCUGAAGCAAGUGAAGUUGUGGUGGAAAACACUCUUAGAAAUAACAAAGACCCGUCUGAUGAAGUACAACCUAGCUUUGGAGAUCUCUUACAGUUGGUGAAAAAUAAGUAUUGUUCACCAAGGAAAACGUCGUACCAAAACUCCCCCAAAACCUCACCUUCUAUAGAGCAGACAAAUGUCAAAAUAAAUGACAAAGGGGAAUCGUUGAAGAAAAAUUUGCAAACUCCAAUAGUGAAGUUGGUAAAAUUGACAGAAGAGGAAUGUAGAAGUGCUACAAGCGGCAGCCAACUUAACCUAGAAGAUGGUGUGGAGAGGAGAAAUGCAAGGUCAAGAAAAAGGACUCUUAAAGAGGAAGAAAAUUUAGAAGAUGCAAGCACAAUUGUCAAUAUGGCAUUACAAAAUAGUAUACCGAAGAUAGCAGAACAAAGCAACAAAAGAGUGAGGCGGGAGUCCAUGUCAACAGAGCUGGGAGAAGAUGCUACAGUUAUCGCCACAAACAACAUAGAUGUUGAAGUAAUACAGCAGAAUGGUGGUGAACACGUGGAGAAAGUGUGUAAAUGGCUGUUCCAUCCCAACAACAAAUUGGGUGUAAAAGAAAGAAUGGAUACAGAUGUUGAGGAAUUAGAUAUUGCCACAGCCAAGCUGAUACUGCUGGGAAUGAACAAAGAUUCUCCUGAUCUAGCCAAGUGUCUCACUUCCAUGAAAAGGCGUCUGCGGGUAUUCCUUGUAGAGGUCAUCCCUGAUCCAGAACCUGAUGACCUGGACCUGGUGAGUGGUUACUGCCAUUCUGGUUGUCGUCAAGUGUUCCUGUACUCCAAGAUCCACUGGCAGGAAGUGGGCAGCUACAACAUACCUCUUUGUCCAGAUUGCAUACAGAUACAACAAGAGAAGCAACUGGAGCUGAUAUUCAUGCUGGAACUCCAUGUGUUUGAUGCGAAUGGCUUACACUCUACCAUACUUGUGUGUAGGGAACAUGCCGAGAACUUUAUGAGAUGUUCUGUAAGGGAGUAUGUGGAAGACAUCGAACUGCGGAGGAGUCGUGUGUGCCUGCUUACAGAUUACACUGUCAAGAACACUUUUAAAUCUAGCAUCACACCAAUGUUAGAUGUUACUGUCACAAUCAUGGGCAAAGUUCUUUUCCUCAUUGAGAGUACCCUUAAACUGCCAGCUAGUCCUUGAAUUAAGCUCCUGUAAAAUAACAGUCAUAUUUAUUUCAUAAGGUUUUAUCAUUGUAUUUUAUUACUGAUAGAUAUUUUUAUUUGUACAAUAAUAUUAAAAUGUGGAUAUUGUACGAAUGUGGUUAUUUUUUUAGUUCUUCAUUGGAAAUAGAUAAGUUGUGUAAAACACGUAUUACCUUUAUUAAAUAUAUAGUUUAAUAUGUACAUUUUUACGCACUGUGAUAAAAUUUAACUGGCAUUAAAGAUUUAUUCUUUAUCUAGUGAUAAAGAAUUGCAGCGUAUUAGUUUUAAAUUUUUUACUGCAUUAUGUAUAGUUUUGUAGCCUCUUUUACAUAAAUUAAUUACACUAAUGAAAGCCUGUCAGUGCAGGAUAAAACUUUGAGUGAUAGCCUAUCAUGGCAGAGGAAUGAGGACCAGGAAUUGUUCACUCCUGUUAUGCCAUUAAAUUAUAUUCAUAAAUGGUAUUGUUAAUUUUACAAAAUAAAUUUAAAGUGAUAAUGAGAACAUUAUAAUCUAGUGUUUGUAUCUCAAAAUACACUAUUCAAUAUUAGUAACAACAAAUUAAAGAUUAUUAUGAAAAUAAAUUCUUUAGGGAAUGAUAACAUUUUAAAGUGCUAUCAAUUACUUGACAAAUUUUGAAGACAGAUUAUGUUAGUUUUAACUGUUAUUUCUUUUUUUUAGUUAUGAAAUUUUUAUAGAAGGUGGUUGAUUAGUAGAAAAACACCAGUUCACUGGUGACUUUUGAGGGAAGAUUCUCCAAACUAAAAUUUCAAUGUAGAAAUCUUAAUUAAUUUCAAGAGUAGGUAUUUUAAAAGUUAUGGUUCCUGCAGAACAAGAAAACCAAUAAUUUGAAAGAAAUAAACAUUUAUUUUAUUAAAUAUAAGACUGUAUUUAAGUAUAUCAUAGAUAUAAAAUUGUUUUGCCAUUCGUUACAUUGUACAUAGUUUCUCAUUUCAUAUAGUUAAUUAUGUCUAUUUGUAAAUAAUAAAUUUUGUAAUUGAAAAACAUGAUUGUUUUAAAAAAAUAGUAUUAA